AUGAAAGUAUCACUUUUCCUCUUAAUUUCUGUGGUUGUAGUGGGAAUCGAGUCAGAGCACAGUGCUAGCAGUGUUCAGUACUUGAAGAAAAGACUCUUGUUGGAUGGGGUUUCUAUUGACACACCAGUUGGAAGUUUAAGUGUUGAUCAAAGUGGAGUGUCUGGGAAUGCAAACGUAGAUUUAGGAAAAGGGUCUGUUGGUGGUAAUUUCAACGCUGGUUCAAAUGGCGUAAGUGGAAGCGUCAAUGGAAAUGUAAAUACAGGAUCUGGUUCCCUUAGUGGAAACCUUAACGUUGGAACAGAUGGUGUGAGUGGCUCCUCCAGUGGCACCCUUAAUUUAGGAUCAGCUGGUACAUUGAAUGGAAACAUAAAUGCAGGACCUAGUGGCGUCAGUGGAGGAGUAGGUGGCUCUUUGAACACUGGCUCCGGUAGCUUAAGUGGUGGGGUAACGAUUGGGCCUGACGGGGUGAGUGGUAGCGCCAGUGGAUCUCUUAAUACAGGAUCGGGCUCGCUGAAUGGCAACAUCAAUGCAGGUCCCAGCGGAGUUAGUGGUGGCGCAAGUGGAACCUUGAAUACAGGAUCGGGUUCACUGAAUGGGAAUAUCAAUGCUGGUCCCGGGGGCGUAAGUGGUGGUGUGGGCGGAUCUGUCAGUGGUGGUUUGGUGGUGGAGCUAGUGGGACCCUUAUUUAACACUGGAUCAGGUUCUCUCAGUGGCAAUAUCAAUGCAGGUCCUAGUGGUGUUAGCGGCAGUGCUAGUGGAACCGUGAACACUGGAUCUGGUUCUCUCAGUGGCAAUAUCAAUGCAGGUCCAAAUGGUGUUAGUGGUGGAGCCAGCGGUACUCUAAAUACUGGAUCAGGUUCUCUCAGUGGCAAUAUCAAUGCAGGUCCUAGUGGUGUUAGCGGCAGUGCUAGUGGAACCGUGAACACUGGAUCUGGUUCUCUCAGUGGCAAUAUCAAUGCAGGUCCUAAUGGUGUUAGUGGUGGAGCCAGCGGUACUCUAAAUACUGGAUCUGGUUCCCUCAGUGGCAACAUAAAUGCCGGUAAUGGGGGUGUCAGCGGCACUGCUAGUGGAACCUUGAACACUGGAUCAGGAUCACUCAGUGGUAAUAUUAACGCUGGUUCUGGUUCAGUAAGUGGAAGCCUCAGUGGGUCGACCAAUAUUGGAGGCAUAGGAAUAAGCGGGAAUUUGAAUGGUGGGUCUGGAUCUGGAUUAUCAGGUGGACUUAAUAUCAAUUUGGGUGGGUCUGGAGGAUCAUCUUCCGGUGGAUCAUCUUCCACUUCCGGUGGAACCUCAGGGGGAUCCUCAUCUUCAAGUGGAUCAAACUUUUAUCAGUUAAUGUUACAAGGUCCUCAAGCUCUGAUGCAGGCUAUGCAGAACAUGAUGAGUGGCGCAUCAUCCACGGGAGGUGCUGGGUUCAAUGCUAUGACGUUUAACCAACAAGUUGGAGUCGACGCAUUUAUGCAACAAAUGCAACAACAACAACAACAAGGUUAAGCUCCAAAGCCGUGAAUCAAAGAUUUAUUCGAGGUGUACAUCAAAUUCAGAAAUACAUCAAUAUUUAUCAAAGAAAUUUCAAAAAAUGAAUCAAAAUGUGACGGAAAUUGACUGUUCUCUCUCCUGGGAGAAUUUUUAUAGCUAGACAAUCUUUCACUUCAGUUUCACAUCAAUGCCAUUUGGACCCAUUUACAUAUUGUUUUUUGUAUAUACAUACGCGUUAGAAUAAAUAUCCAAUUUAACAAAACGCGAUGUUUUAAUUUUCCCCCAGAGAAAGGAGGCAUUCAAGUUUUGUUUGUCGAGGAUUUGAACACUAGAUACGAACCAUGUUUCUUUCUGAAAUUGGAAUAAA